AUGGUGGACCCUCCUGGCCCAUUCGAUACGCCUUUCUUCGUCCGCACAAACACCGUCUACAUUAGGGAAGGAGCCCUGCAUUUUUACGGCAUGGGUGAAGAGGCUAUCCCUGCUAGGCGAGUAGCAGCAGGCCAAGGCGCACAGGUUCAAGCUCAGAGGCAAGCGAACCUGGAGAGGGUGGUAGCUGAAUUAGUAGAGGAGAACAGGCAAGCAAGGGCAGAGUUGACCCGUCUGACGAAGGUGGUGGAGAGCAUACUGAAGGAGUUAGCAAGAGGAAGGACAGCUGAUGGUGCUGGAACUAGUGGCCAUGGAGGCCAGAAUGGUGAACCACCGGUAGCAAAGAAGAAAGAAGGAGAACCGGAGGAAGAAGGUACCGAUGUACCAGAAGAGUCUGAGGAGAACCACUCUGAGUCCGAGGAGGAGGAACCCGAGGAAUCACCUGCACCCAGCCCUACCCCGCGGAGGAGUAGGAGGAAUAUGUGA